AUGUCGGACGACGUUUCGACGAGUGUACGACCUGAGGAGGCACUACCGGGAGCAGCACGACUGCUUCGUGGAGCGCACGUGCAGCUUCUGCCAGAAGAAGUUCAAGCGGAACUACCACCUCAAAAGACACAUCUUGCAAUGUCAUUCUCAUGUGACACCGAGUGCAAGCUUUGCCAUAAGCAGUUCGGACGCACGUACGAGUUGCGCAGGCACAACCGGGAGCAACACAGUCCGCAGAAGUACACUUGUUUGUAUUGCAACAAAAACAUGAAGCGGGCGUACCUCUAUAAGCAACACAUGGCCCUAAACCAUUCUAGUACUUUCCAAUGCGUAAGCUGUGAUAGGAACUACAAGUCAAAGACGGCUCUCAACCGCCACAUUCGGUACGACUGUGGAAAAGAACCCCUCUUCCAGUGUGCUCACUGCGUUUACAGAGCAUACCAGAAGAUCCACCUUCGCAAACACUUGGCGAAGCUGCACGACGGGCAACGAUAUUAUUGUCCCAACUGUUGCAAGGGCUACAAAAAUCACAAAACUAUGAGGUACCACGUUACUCAAGAUUGCGGCAAGAGUAAAAAGUUCGUGUGCAAAUACCCUUGCCCCAAAUGCGAGCGAGUCUACAGCCACCAUACGUCACGCAAUCGCCACCUUAAGUACGAAUGUGGAAAAGAACCGACGUUCUCGUGUAGUUCCUGUCCGUACAUCGCGAAAAGAAUAGGACACCUUAAGACGCACAUGACGAGGAAACACCACAUUACUUUUUGUGGCACGAAGAUCAUCAAGACAGAAAAAGUACCCAAUCUUCUCGGUCAGGGUUGUGGUCGCUUUGCCUGCCCGCGCUGUCCUAAAAUCUACAAGCACCAACAAUCCAGAAACACCCACUUGAAAUACGAAUGUGGCAAGAACCCACAGUUUCCGUGCGAGAUCCCUUUCUGGCCGCUCGUCGCAAGAGGAGGUGGUACCGAAAUCGUCUUCACCUGUACCCAGUGUUCUUUUCCGUGCCCUCAGUGCAACCGAAAUUACGCCACGAUCAGUACCAGAAACAGGCACUUGAAGUUCGAGUGCGGGAAACUUCCGACGUUCAAGUGCACUUUUUGUCCUUACAUUACCAAAAGGAAGUGCUCGUUGAAGACUCACACGCACAUUAAACACCCCUUCGUGGCUUCCAGCAUUUACCCCUGCCCCUUGUGCCCGAGACACUACAGCACUGUAGCUUCCAGAAACCGCCACGUUAAGUUCGAGUGUGGCAAAAAGCCGUCCUUCAGAUGCGAAGCACCUGGGUGCAGUUACGUGGCGAAGCGAAAAAAUAAAAGUAAUUACCCCUGCCCCAACUGCAACCGACUUUAUAGUCACGCUGGCACGAGGAGUCGCCACGUCAAAUACGAAUGUGGAAAGCAACCCUCUUUCAAAUGCCCCAUACCACCAUGCUCUUACUCCGCCCGGCGAAAGUCAACCUUGAAGGUCCACGUGAUACACAAACAUGGAUUCAAAUACCAAAAUUUCGUUACAUAG